AUGGAGGAGGACGAUGUGAGGUUCAUGGUGGCCGCACAGGAGGACGACCACCUGGUGGCCCGCAUGCUGAUCCGUCUCUCCCGCUCCGAGAGCUGCAUCUCCUGGCGCAAGCUCCUGUCACCCUCCCGGCCGGCGCGGCGGCCCCAGCUGCCGCCGACGUGGGGGAAGAGGAGGACGAGGAGCAGGUUCAUCACCAUGGAAGGUGUACUCACCGCCAAGAGGGAGGAGACCAGGAGGGCUAGUCCAACGACGCCGCUGUCGUGGAGCGGGGGAUCCGGCACGUCAGAGAGCGCCUGCGAGGAACCCUGCUCGGCUUCUCCUUCCGCGCAGACGCUGAAGAAUCCUCCGGCCCGGAGACGGAAGGUGGGGUUCUGCUCCAGCAGGGAACCGGCGCCGGCGGAGCUGCGCGAGGACGGGGGAGAGAUCCGGAUCCCCAAGAUGGAGAGCCUGUUCGAGGAAGCCUCUCCGGUGAGAGCGCCGGUGGGAGCUGGAUCUCUGUUCGGUCCUGGAUCGGCAAAGGUUAGAAUCCUGUCCACCUUCUUUACUCUCCUCCCAGUUUCACGGGAAAACCUUCGACGGAUUCCUCAUUUCCCUGGUUUUCUGCUGAUCUCCCUCGUUUCCUUCAUUUCGGGAGCAAGUAUAAGGCGUUCCUCCGUUCUUAUGGCGGAUCUGAACGAAGCAGGGGCUCAUUUUGGUCAUCCUGGAGGUUCUGCUGCUCAGGGUCUCCUCAGCCUCCUCCGAUGGGGGUCGUCUUGCUCCUGAAAUCCCUCUUUCCCGUCUCUGCUCUCUUCCUCUUUCUUGGCCUACGGGCUCAGCUUCCCCGAUCCAGAAACCUACGGGGAGAGUUUCCUCUCCUUGUCAUCUCCGGCAUAGCCUCGCCGGGACGCAUCACGCCGGCAUCAAUGUUGUGAUGGGAUGUCUCUGUCCUCGUUCCGGUCUUUGGAGGCGGAGAAGAGAUGAAUGGAGAGAAACAUGUGUGAUGAGUGGGUUUGGAGGAGGAGAAGAUACGCAAUUCGCGGAAGCAAUGAUGGCAUCGAGGUCCCUGAUGGAGAGGAUGGCGUCAGAUCUACCUGUAUUUCUCGGUGGCCGUGGCUUGACGAGAGCAGAAGCACGCUGUGCACGAGGUCAUGGCGGCGUUGAGGUCCUCGCAAUAGAGGAUGUCGCUAGAUCUCAACCUAGUUCGCAUCUCUCAUUGCUGCGCUGAUCUCUCAACGCCCAAGGUGCUGGUGGCCUCGAGAACCAUGGACGACGAGAAAGGAUGAGAGGAUGCCGACAGAUCCGUCUGUGAGCUUGUCUGCUUCCAUGCUUGUUUCCUCUUCCGCCGAACUUCGACCUCAUCGUCUUAUCGCAGAUGUUUACUGAGAUUUUCGCUGAAGCUUUCUUGCUGAUCUCUUCCAGAUAUCCUCCGUGCUCCGUUCUGGAACUGAUCCGAUCUCUUUACUUCUCUUGCGAUUCUCAGGUUGCGGAGGCGGUGGCGGGACUCGCGCCGCCGGUCGGGCCCGUCGUCGAGGAGGAGACGACGGGAAGAUUCAGAGCGGUGGAGGACGACGAGGUUGGCUCAGUUCUACUCGUACGGCCGGGAAAGAAAAGGGUAUGCAUUCUCUUCUAUUGACGGUGAUUUUGCCACGUAAGCUCGUAGCUUCUCGAAUGCGCGUUAGGCGCCAAUCUCGAGCCAACCAAACUGAUCAGCGGCAGAUUAUUUUAAUUCGCAGGCGGUCCCAGAUCUCAGGGCAAUGGAGGAGUCGCUGCUGCGGGAACAGGAAGAGCUCCAGAAGGUGAGGGGAUCGUCGUCUUCUUCCACUUGUUUCUGCCUCCUGUUUGUCACCAUCUUUGUGAUUCCGGCACCACUGAUCCGAUCGCGGCGCUCUUGGAUCCAACAGGAGCUGGAGAAGCAGGAGGAGAUCUACCACUCACUGCGUGCGGAUAACGUGGAGUUGUUGAGGAGGAAAUUGGAGGUAACUCUCCCCGUCCUUGAACAGAUGCUGCAGUCUUCUCUGGGACGUCUGUUGAUGCGUUCGGAGCGUCGGAUUUGAAUGCGCCGUUCUCCGUCUCGGCCGAUCAUCCUCCGCGAUUCCUUGAUUAGCGAUGUUCCUUUCCCCUGCGCAGUGGAGUUCGGCGUCCUGGGAUUCGGCUGCUGCCUCCGUUCCCUGUGGAGAAGAUUCGAAGCUGAAAGGCCCUCUGCCCCCGCGAAUGACGGCGUGCUUCGCCGCGUCGGAGGGCGGUCCGGAACGGUUCCCGUGCAGGAUUUCGCUCCCUUUUGAUCUCAAUCUCUUCCCCGACGACAACUAG